AUGCCUCGUAAAAAGGCCCUUUUGAUCGGCAUCAAUUAUGUUGGGUCAAAGCACCAAUUGAAUGGAUGCGUUAAUGAUGCCAGGAACAUCGGCGAAUACCUCGUUCAAGACUGUGGAUUUUCCCCAGAUCCACGGAGCAUGGUUAUGUUGACCGAUGUCCCGGAGAAUCAAGGGACCCCGUUCUAUCCCACGGGGGCCAAUCUGAUGGCGGCCUUCAGGUGGUUGGUCUCGUGUAACAAUGCAGGCGAUUCGUUGUGGCUCUCCUAUUCAGGUCAUGGCAGUCAAAUCAAAAACCCUGACGGGGAUCGAGAGUAUGGGCUUGAUGACACUAUCUGUCCCGUGGAUUUUGAGCGCAACGGACAGAUUACCAGCGACACUCUUCAUAAAGCCAUUGUUUCCCCCCUGAACCCUCGCUGCAGACUUACCAUCCUCUUUGACUGCUGUCAUUCAGGCUCUGCGGUAGAGCUGCCCUAUGUUUUCCGCCCAGACGCGGACGGCCGGGUAAACCUGAUGAACAAUGUGAGGGAAGGGAUCUCUCUGGUCCGCGAAGCUUCACAUCUUUUGCACGGCGGAUUCUCAGUUGAAAAAUUCCGCGAUGUUGAGUCUUUUCUUGGUGAAGCGCACUCGUUUUUCUCCCAACUUCAACACCCGCCAGCGCCAUCGGAUGAGAACGGACUCGCCGACGAGAACUUCACGGAAGACUGGCGAAACGAGGGAAAGGACGUAUGGAUGUUUAGCGGCUGCGCGGACGACCAGACCUCUGCAGAUACUAGUUUCCAGGGCCUUGCGACCGGGGCUAUGUCGUGGGCAUUUAUCCGGAGCUUGAGGAGCAAUCCUCACCUGAGCUAUAUCCAGGUGCUACAGAACACACGAGCCCUACUACAAUCCCGGUACUCUCAGGUCCCCCAGCUGUCUGUUGGCGGUAAAUAUGACUUGACCCAGCGGGUGUACCUUUAG